AUGGGUUGCUUAGGUUCGAAGGAGGAGAGUAACGCAAAUGAAGAAACUAACGAAAAACCGACGUUCAGUUGGCAAGUUUUAUUCUCUAGAAGGAAGGGAUGACAUUGCUAUCGAAGAAUCGUAGCCCUUUGAUGUCACUUCAGUAACUUUCCAUUUUUAUUACCAAUAUUUGAAUUUUAUUUCUUUUUCUUUUUUAAUUCUUUGCUUGUAUAGGGAAAAAGGUCCCCGCUUAGAUCCCAAGGAUUACACUAUCGGUGAUCUGACAGGCGAACUUGCCGCGAAAAUGCCUGGCGAAAUCAACGGACAGCAGUUCAUAAUUCAAAACAAUAAGGUAAGGUUGAUAACGAGGCUCACCUGCCAGGAACUGAAACUUAAUUAGAAUGACGAGCUUGCAAUAUGGGUGUCAAAUAAGAUUACUUUGGUCGAAUCUUCUGCACUUUAUAGUCUACCCGUUCGAGGGCUUAGAUCUCUUGAACAAAAAAUGAAAUUAAUACUAGUCGACCAAAGAUCAAGUGUAUUUGUUCAUUUUUUCAUCAAAAUUGUUCUCAGAUCCAUUAAUAUGAUAAAAUUCGAAGAAAAAGAAAAAAUCAAACCAUUUGGAAAGUUGUUAAACUCGUAAAGAUUUGUAACAAAAUACUUUCAUGGAUGUACAUGUAGUAUACUGCCAGUGUCUGUUUGCACUGAGUGAUUAUUAUGGAGGUGAAGGGUUGGGUAGAGAGAAAACUUACAUGUAUUUCAAUUGGGGGGGGGGGGGUACCUACCCUGGGGAGAUACUGGACAAGUAAUGAUCCAAUUGUUAGUGGAGUAGACUGCGCGGUUUUUGAGUUGAGUUCUUGUCAAAGCACGAAACUUUUGCAGUGCCUCAGAGUGAGCAGUGAUAUAAAUGGGUACAAGCCAUUUAUCUAGGAAGCAUUUAAUUUAUUUUAAUGCAUCACAACUCUGAAAAUGAUUUGUGUUUGCAGGAUUGUAGGAUUUUUGUUUUGGAUCACGCAGAAACCAUAACAAUUGAUGACUGUAUAAAUUGCCAGAUCGUGAUUGGGCCAUGUGCUGGGAGGUCAGGAUAUUCUCGGUUACUCUUUGUAGUUAAAGCAGGAUUAACUAUGACAUUUGUUUACCACUUUCUAAAAGGAGGCAUUUUCAGAAAAACAGGCAAAAGUUGCCAUCAAUGAUUUCAAUGUAAUUUUUGUUUUCCUUUUGAUCUCGUUAUUUAAGGUUAAAGUAAAUUUGAAAAAAAAAGUGUGUGCAGCUAGAUUUAAUAAACUUCCAUGUACAAGAUGUUAUGUGUUAAUGCUACACUGAUCAUUUAAUAUUUAAUUUACUUAAUUUAACUGGUUUUUUUAUUUAUUUUUAGUGUAUAUUUUCGAGAUUGUCAAGACUGUAAGGUUUUGGUGGCUUGUCAACAGUUUCGGUAAGUCUAAAAAUUAAUCUAAUUUAAUUGAAUCUUUUAAUGCACUGGUUAUUUUAUAGGAAUUAAAAUUUGACACAUGUUUUAUACUUUAGAACUCGAGAUUGCAAGAAAAUGGACUUCUUUUUAUGUUGUGGUACACAACCUGUGAUAGAAUCCUCAAAAGGCAUGAAGUUUGGCUGUUAUCAGUAUUAUUAUCCUGAGUUGGAAGGUCAGUGAGAAAAGCUUAACAAAAUUCUUUUUCUGACAAAGAAAAACCCUUGUUUACCCCUGAAGGGAUUAAAAUGCCAUCAGCACACCAAUGCCCUUAUAACUUUGUCACUUACAAUUUUGCUAACACUAGAUUGUUGGUCGUCAUAAGCACUGGGAGGACCUGGGAAUUGGCUUUGUGAUGGGUUGGUUCUUUCACUUUUGCUUGCCAAUCAUAUAGUUUUGAUCACAAUCUCUAGAUUCAAGUGGAAUAAGGUGAAAAUGGAAACAUUAUCACUGCAUUUUACACCUCCAACUUCAACACCAUCAUCUGUCAACUCCAACUCCAUCAUCAGACUUAACCUGCUCAGAAGGGCUCAGGUCCAUGGAAAGAGAGUUAUUAAUUAUUACCAGGACUUCCGUCCAACCCCCAUAUCCUCUUUCCUUUUGAUUCCCACCAUUGCAAUAUGUGAUGCAGCUGUAUACAACAUGUAAAUUAAUGCCUGGAACAUGCUGCAUGUAGUUGAAUGACUUCAGUAUAGCAACUGAUACAAUAUCAAAAAUUUUCAGGCCAGUUUGAGGCAGCAAAACUAAGUUUAUACAAUAACAACUGGAGCAACAUUCAUGACUUCACACCAGCUGCAGGAGAAACAACUUGGGGCUUAAUUCCAGAGGUAAUAAUAAAAUUACAGCAACAAUAGGAUUGGGGAAACUUCUAAUUUAUUUUACAAAAUGCAUCUUUUUUUAAUUCCCUUUAAAGUCAUGGUUACCAGGCAAUGUACACUUAUAGUGUUUUACCAAAUUAGUCAUUCCUGUCGACAAUGAAUGGACAUUACACUGUAAAUCACAAUGUCCCUCUAAUGUUGAGCCAGAUCCUUUUGUUUUUUUGUGGAUUCAUAUUAGAGAAAAAUUUCAAAAAAUUCACUAAUCAAUAAGAAGUAAAAUAAUAGCUAGUAUCAUCAGUUUGGAGAGUUAAAAGUUUUAUCUUUCCUCUAUAGGGGGAUGCAACAAAUAUUGAAACUCUUAUACCAACACCAGAACAAUACAGAGAUAGGAAUAUAUCAAGUGAUGCCUCUAUGAGUGUUGUUCCACUUACACUUGGAUCAAGACGAAAGCCAUAUGAUGAGGUAAAUAAAAGAUUAAGUGUGUUAUCCAACCAAACACUUCCUAAUACACGGUGUUCACCUGUACAUGUAGUAUGUUGACAGGAGUGAGAAAGGGGAUGGUGGGUUAUUAUUGGAAAUGUUCUCACUGCUAGUGAUUUCAAGUUUAUAGAAAAUGACAAAUGUUAUUCAAAUGACCUUUUGAAUGUGUGGAAGGGCUUACACUUGGCAAAAGAGGCUUGACAAGCUAAUACUCUGUAAAAGUAGUUGAUCUCAUUUCAAGACAUCUUGCUGGUCCAAGCAUUUUAGAACUGUUUUUACUUCAUUUGUCGUAACAUACAUGUACCACAUGUCUAAUUGUGGGCUAUAUGCCAUAAAUGACUGGGUGUGCAGGUUAAUAGUAUAUAAUUAUGUGUUUGAUCUGCAAAGAUCAAAUCUCAGUAAUCUGACUUGCUACAUACCACUAUGACUGUCACAUCAUUUACACUGGUGCAACAUCUGAUCAUUAUAUCUAAAUUUGUUUGUUAUUUUCAGUCAUGUCUUGUGGUUUUUUUCCAAUAUCCUGAAAUGAAAUCACAUGUCAGACGAUUGAUUUCUGAUCAAAGGCGCGAGGUAUGUUCUCCUCUUUAUUGAAAGUAUGGACACUUUUUGCGCAUGCUAAUUUUGUGCUAUGUGUUCACUCCAAAAACUGAAAAACCACGCCAACAAUGCAGCAUAAUACACUUUGCAUCUACUAAUGAAUGCCAAAAAUGCUACCCACAUGUAAGGUGAAGAAGAGUCUGCACUAAUAAAAGCUAAGUGGCUCAAAGCACUAGAGCACAUCAAGGUUUCUUUAGUAAAUUUGUGUAAAGUGAGCAGGAGUAUUGUUUCUCCCCUGAAUGGGAUGCCAGACCAUCAAAAGGUACCCCCACCUCCUCUCUCCCCCACAUCUUCUUCCAGGCAUAGUGGUCAGGCUCUCCUGACGGGUUUUCAUCACCCAUUUCAACUCUCUUAGAGAAGAAAGUCUCCAAUGUCUAAUUCAAACACAGGCUGACCCAUGCAGGUCUCAAACAUGCACCUUUUGAUGCGAAUUCCAGUGGACUAACUUUAAGUCCACUGUUUCUUUUUCAAACAGCUACCUACUUUUACUGUGAUAUUGUCAAGCAUUUAAUUUAAAUCUCGUUUUGUUUGUAGAGAAAUCAAGUGCUUGUCCAAACCAAGGAAGUUAGUGUGAAACCAGACGACGUAGCCAGAAUAUUUCAAUCAGAAGAAUAUAGAGCUGCUGCAGAUAGUGGUUUGUGUACUUUGUAAAACUGGAAUUUUAAUUUUCAUAGGCAGGGUUGUUGAGUUUGGUCUUUAAGGGAACUCAAACUUCUCUCUUCAGGGGAUAGAAGUUUGUCAACUGUUAAAAUUUAGUUUCAGGGUAGUAAUUCCUAGGCAGAGAACAUAAUGGUCCUAAAUUUGGAUAAUAGCAACUUUUUUUUUUUUCGUCGAGCUUAGUCAGAAGCCUUGCUAAAUAAUUAAAAUUUGUUUGUAAGAGUAUCAUAGAUGAUAAGGUCAGGCGUGUUUUCAAGCGUCAAUAAAGACCCUCUGGUAGGAAAUUACGGAAUUACAGUUGGUUAUCUCGUCUUCGUUUGCCCAUCCGUUACUUUCCAUGCAUGCAUUUCCCGCCUCUUGAAAUGGCUUAUAAUGGCGUGACCCAGCCAAUCUACAGGUAGCCGGCGAGGAGGCUCGCGGGCUUCUCGGCGUUUACGAGGGGUCUGCACCAGACUUCUCGCAGACCUACCACCGGCGGAUGCUCAUGCGGCAAGGUCAUUAAGAUUAUCUAGAGAGCGUAUAAACUCUACAGAACGAAAUACCCUACUUUUUAUUUAAAGAAAAUUGCUUUAUUUUUUUUCAAAGAUGACUGACGACUAUUCUGUGAUUUCUUUUCUAGGUCCUGUUAUCGGAUUGGAGUUCAAUGGAAAGGACUGUGUACAAAAUACUGAGGAUGCGCUUAAUCAGAUAUGUGAUCGCUCACUUGCAAGUAUAUACUUCUCAUCAACUCCUGAGAAAGCAUUACAUGACAUCGAUGCGUUCUAUAAUUUUGUUGACUUGUCUAUGAGUUAGGACGACGCCAUUAAACCCAUUUAUUUGUUUUUACUGAAACUGUGCAUUACCACGCACCCAAGGGAAUGCUAGAUAGCGUGCUGGACUAAAGAGUAACGUAUGGAGCGAGACAGCGAAGCAUUUUAAAACAGAAGUUAUCCAACUUUUUUUUUAAGGUUUGGGAUUAUUAAUUUAUCUGUGUACACAGUUUGCAAAGUAUCGAUCUCGGAAAAUGUUCAUAGCAUUAUGUAAAAUCGUUCAAAAAUCUUUUUUUUCUUAUUUAUUUUAUGGGUCUAAAACACGCAGAGUUUUAAUUUUCUUCACCGUAGUUGUGCUUGAGGAGCCUCAAUUCUAAGCGGUUGGGAAUCAUAGGAACGAGGUCCGAAAUCAUUCUAGUCAUUCUAUUUUGCCUAACCGAGUUACAUGUAGUAGCUAUACGGUUAGUUUUACCCAUUAGUUGUGUUGAUGAGCGACUUCGCUGGAUGAAAUAAUCGAGCUAGAUACGUUUUGAUGUAUCAAACUUGUGACUGGGAGGGGUGGGUAUGUCUCCUUCUCAUCUUCCUCGCGGUUUAAGGCUUAUCGUCUCGUGUCGUGAAUAAUGUGGGUCUCCCUUGAGAAGAGAACAGCAACCCGAAGACAGUGAAGCUCAUUUUGACACAUGUGGCCAUUACCAGUCGGUCGAAGACCACUUUUUUCUUUUCUGCCACUGAAACUAUACACUGAGAAGAAAGAUACUGCUAGUGAGGGGGCAAAGAACUUCAGUCUGACUCUGGCGUCUCAAAAAUCUCUGCAGCUUAUACCUCAAGUUAGUCGAGUUAUAAAAAUAACAUAAAUUUCGAUAGUGGCCGUAUUGUUCGAAUAUCAUGUAAUUACCUCAGUUAUGUUACAAUAUAUUUUUUUAACUUUAUAUUUGCAUCUCUCGAGUUUCUAUCAAAGCUACCACGUGCAUGGCAUAAAGUCAGCAAAUGUAAAAUAAUUUCUGUUAUUGUUACUGUUGUUUUUAACGAUGAUCAGUGUUUGACCAGCUCUGGUGCCCAGCGAACAAACAUCGUUGUAGUUUGUAACUUGAAAUUUGAGGAAUAAAUUAUAGUAAUUGUCAUGCCAUGAAAUCUUUCCCCUUUCGAAAUAUAAACAUUGCGUGACGAGGUAACUGAAGGUUUGCGUUAUAGUAAAAGCUAAGAUAGAUUACGAACGAAGCUAUUAAAAAAUAUACCAUGUUUUAUUAAAUUUUAUUGCCAUUGACAACAUUGUGUUAUUCAUAUCCACAUUCGCUUCCUUUCGUUAGUAAAUUUUCAGC